AUGGCUCCAACAACUAAAGAAAAGAAAUUCAGAAGAGUGACUACAGGAUGUCUCUGUUGUCGUAAAAGGAAGAUCAAGUGUGAUGAGACAAAACCGCAUUGUCAAAACUGUAUCAAAAGUGGAUAUCUUUGUGAAUGGUCAUUCAAGAGGGAAUCAGUCCAAAGUAUGGACAAUUAUAAGCCCAUAAAAACCAAAAAGAGUGGAAAUAUAAAAUUUAUUUCCCAUUGCCAUGUGUAUAGGGCUGAAAGGGAUAUGAAUAAGAAUAAGAACAAAAACAAAAAUAAGAAGGAGUCAGAGCAAUCUAUAGACACAGGCCAACCAACAGUUAUAGAAACAACUGGUUCUUCCAAACAAAUUACUGUCCAAGAAAAUGAUGUCAAAAAUGAUCUUAUCCUUAAAAAAUACAUGCAACAUAUAAACAGUAGGCAUUUCCAAUCAAUUCAAGGUAUUUUUUCUUCCAGCUUCAAAAUGUCAAGUAUAGAAACGCACUGUUUAGAUGCAUUUAUUAAUGGAUUUCUAGUGGCUGUUUCGCCUCAACUAACACAUGAGAAAUUGCAGUUCUCUAAUAUUGUCAUCCCAACAGGAAUAAACAAUUAUGCUCAAAGAAGGCUUUUUUACGCAGCAGGCGCAAGUUUCUUAUCAUGGCAGAAUAGGGAAUUCAGACAAUCUUCCGAACUAGAAUAUCACAGUUCAAUGUCUGCAUUUCACGACAUAAUCAAUAGUGAUGAAACUAUUGGAGGGAAAGAAGAUUUAGUAUUGGUUAGUUUUGUAAUAAUGACGCUAAGAGAGCGAUAUCAGUGCCAAAAUGAGAUCAGAAAUGGAUUGUUCUUGUAUGCAUCGCUGAAGAUAAUAUAUUAUUGGAUUGGAAUAAAAGAACGAAACCUAAGAAAAAAUAAGGGGCCACUUGUUGUCGACAAUGAAGACGGUGAUGAAAUCAGUUCUAGUCAAGCUGCACUAGAAGAUUACUAUAAUCAAUUUAUACUAAGGGAUGAGUUGAAUGAUAUAUUUGACAAUCUAUCUCAUCAUACCAAAACAAUCAGAUUUAGAAAUAUCUCGAAAGUCCCAGACUAUACAACCUCAAAAAUAGCAAUUAAAGAUGACAUUUUUUCUGAUUUUGGGGAUACGGCAAUUAGUGUUUCUGCAUUUGAACGAACAAUUAUCGAGAGCUUUCUAUAUAACUAUUGCGUUGGCUUGCUCAAUUUCGAUCCUAACCUCGUGCCCUAUGUGACAUCUCCAUUUCGAGUAUUUGAAGAUUUGGUUCCAUACUUGAAGACCCCUAUUUUUGAUUGCCCGGUGAAAUGGAUGAACAAUCCUAUAAUGGGUGCUUCUUUAUUUGCCUUUGAGCUUGUAGCAAAGGCCAACUGGCUACGUUACAAGUAUCCACUGGAUUCACACAACCACGAAGUUGCUCACACGUUGCAAAGACAUGCCCAAUAUUAUACUUCUCCUUUCUUGCCUUCUGAAACAAAAUUUAAGUUGGCUAAAAUAAUUCAGUGUAAAUUGGAAGAGAGUUGUCACGUUGGAAUAAUGGCAGCAAAAGCAUCCUAUAUUUUGUUAACAAAACUUUUAAAUCCCGAACUAUCAUCUGAUUUCCCUGAUGUACAAGAGGAGCUGGUCACGUUCUUUAAGUCUUUACAUAAGGUGAGUUUACAUUCCCAAGCUGGUGGCAUUUGUCUUUGGCAAACACUUAUUGCCGGGUUGGCAGUAACAGAUCCUGAACAGAGAGAGUAUUUAAUAUACAGAGUGAAAACUUUUGGAGAGAUUAAGAAAUCAGAAGCCCUAGUGCGAGUUGUACAUUUCCUUGAAUUUCAGUGGGAUAAUUCAAUGAAAGGACAUGCGUGGGAUAUAAUGCUUCAACCAAAAGGAUUUCAAGGUAUUUUUGUGUAG